CCGGCGCAAGCAUGGCGAACGAUUUUUCGUUGAAAGUGCCGGUAAAAACGUCGAAAUUAGUGUGUGUGGAAUAUCCGGGUAUCGUUAAAAAUGUUGACAGAAUGUUGGAAACAUUAGGAGGAAUACGAUCCGUGUCAAGGGUUGUGGCUGACCAGACGAGACGACUUGGCGUAUCCUUCAGACCAGGUGAUUGUUACUGUAAAUCUGCCUACGCUGACAGAUUCUCAUCUGUGGGAUUUGUGAUGAAAGUUCGGAGGAAGAAAGUGAAAGGCCAGGAAAGUGGUCAAGAGGAAUUUAAAUAUGAUGCAGAGGUUGUUGGAAUUGUUGACACAAUGUUCAAAUUUGAAGCCCUCAUGGACUUUCAAUACCUGCCAAUGAUGAGAACCAAACAAGACACCUACAAAUCAAUACGGGAUCAACUGGUUAUCAGCAAACUCGAACACUCUAGCUGGAUCCAGAAACCUGCUCCGCUGUUCCUACUUCCACCGUUAUUCUCCAGAAUAGACCAGAGUGUUCUGUACAUGUAUCGUCCAGACAAACAGUUUGGGAGGGUCAAAACUGCUGAUGGAGCAGCGGUCCUUGCAAAGGAGGAACACACCAUAGGGCUAGGCCGACAAAGAAGAACACAUUUCACAACAUUGGUAAAGUGGGAAAAUGAUAUCCCGUUGGCUCCGAACCCAGAGGCCAUUGAGAAGUUAAUGCCGAAGGUUGUAAAGGAAAUGGACAAGGUGGACGAACUCAGAAAGAUGUUCGAAAUUCGGCCCAUCUGGUCUAAAAACGCCAUCCGUUCAAACAUUGACUGUAUGCCAACCAAGUUAAAGUUCUAUCUUCCCUUCGUUGCCUACUACUACUUAACUGGCCCUUGGCGAGCGAUGUGGGUUAGAUAUGGAUAUGACCCAAAAACAGACAAGACAGCGAAGAGGUUACAGACGAUUGACUUUAGAAUCAGACAAAGGGUCCACGGCGAGAAGCUGCCUGUGAGGUGUAAGCGUAAGACGUUCAGUUACACGCUGCCAAGUCACAUUCAAAAGAGGAACCUUACUAGUGUCUCGGUGUUAGAUAAAGAAACGAUAGGAUCGAAACCGGACUGUCCAAAAACAUGGAAUGACCAGGAUUGUGUCUACAAAUUCCGCCCAGGAGUAAAACCGCCGUACAGACAGAUGUUUUAUCAGAUAUGUGAUGUAGAAGUACCAGAAAUACAGGCUCUUGUUGCUAAAAAUGAUGGCAAGGAAACUGAGUGUUCUGAGAAGGAUGGCUGGCUUGAGAAAGAUGCUACAUAUCACUGCCGCGAUAUUCUGACGAGCCAUGUGGACACGGGAGACAACAAAGACCCAUAUUCACAUUUAGAAAAACCAUAUAAAAAGAAACCUCCAUCAGAGAGGAAACAGAAACUGAAGAUGUCUGGUACAGGUCUGUCAGAUUCAGAAUCAGAUGGAGAGAUCGAGGAACCAGGCGAGGAUGAAGAGAUCAAUGAAAUGGAGACCGAAUUAUUGGACUUGAUUGCUGACGUUGCCGAGGAUAGUCCUGAUGAGACGUGAGACUUGCAUGAUUUUUAAGAACUGAAUUAUAAAAUGGAGACCGAAUGAUUGGACUCGAUUGCCGAGGAUAGUCCUGGUGUGACUUGCAUGAUUUUUAAGAACUAACUUUAAAGCUUCACACAUCACCUAUGGACUAUUUGUUGUUGUUUUUGAACAACCUAAAGCUGCCUGUAUUGAGCUAAAUUUCCACGAAGUAUGUCAGGUUGUAGGUCUAAUAUGCAUGCAUAAUGCACACUAGAACAAACAUGUAUUAAAAAAGGUUUUAGAGAUGAAUUUUCACGGAACAGGUUGCAAUAGGAGGAAUUUGUUAUGCAUUUAUUGAUUUAAAGGCCAUACAGUUGGACGUAUGCACCAUUUGGAGAUGACAGACACAUGGCAAGUGCAUUGUUCUGAGGAAUGUACAGGUGUACACUGUACACAAGGACGAAAGUGUUGAAAAUACAAUCCUGGCCAAAUACGCAGUGCUUAAAUGCAUGCCUUGAAAGUUUUAGAAUAUCAGUUUGUCGAGGCACCCUCAGGUAAAUUAACUAGGAUAGUCAAAUGAAAUUGCCUUGCUCCGAUUUUCCUUGCAUGCUGUUGCCAAUAAAAAUAUGACACUGUUGGGACUGACUAGGGGUACCUGCUUAGUGGUCUCUUCAGUCGGAGUCCUGUUCUGCAUGUU